UAUAAUUUCAAUGUAUUUUGGAUUAUAAGUCAAAAGUUAUAAAGUUAUACUUAGAACAUAAUCUUAUAAUAGCAGGAGCUUCAUCAUCAUUCGAAAAGCAUCAUAUCGACGAUUUAUCAUGUCAAAUCAAGCUAGUCAAUCAUCGAAUAUGCCAAACUACAACGUUAAUAGUGCGAAUAAUUCUAAGCAAAGUUCUAAACGACAUGCGGCCGAUCAGUUUACCAAUAGUGAUUCAAUUGAUGUGACGAAUGAUACCAAAAAUCGCUGUUUUGUAUGUGAUAAACCUUUACACAGGUUCUCAUAUUCAUUGGUUAAUGCUGCAACAAUACUUACAAAGACUCCUGUUGCUGGAAAAAUUGGAGAAAUUGUUGGCAAAAAUUGCAUAGUUGUUGUAUCUGAAGAUGAUAGUAUUUGUCAAACGUGUCUCAAUUUAUUCAAUAAAUUGGACAACUUGGAAAAUGAUUUGAGAAAUCUUCGAACCAAUCUGAUGAAGCAGUUAGAACAAACUUAUGUAAACAAAAAAAAAAGUUCAAAUACACUGCCUAGUCAUGUUAUUAAAACUCUUCAGUUGUUAGUAAAUGACAAAAAGGCAAAGAGCGAGCCUGCUGUUAAAAAAAGGAAAUUAUCGGAAAAUACAAGUAUGGUACCAAUGAAGCCCACUGUACCAGACAAUGAUAUAAGCUUAGUGAAUAAAACUUCUACAUUUAUCAUUGAUCCAAAUAAUUAUUAUUCAGAAAAUAUCGGUAACUUAAGAACUGUCGUUACACAUAAUUCGAAUGAACAUAGUAAUGAUUUUAUACGUAGUGUGUGCAUGCCGCCAAAGGAUUUCAGCUCUAUGCAUCAAAUGAAUAUUGGUUUAGAAAAUUCAAAUAAAGAGACACACCUGGAUAUGAUGAAUGUAAAUCAUUCAAACAUCGAAACAAGACAAAAUAUGAUUGAAUACAACAACUUUUUAAAAGGACUUUUUCUGACCGAUCCAUUAGUUCACUUGCCUUUCUAAGUCUUAAAAUUUUUAUUUUAGAAAAAAGAUUCUAAUUAACAACUUUGUUGAUACCUUGAAGGUAGCACUACUAGAAUAUAACAUAACUUUUUAUUAAUGUUUUGAAAAAUGUUCAAGACUGUUAUAUACUUAAGAGUAUCAAUAGUAGGCAUGUGUAAUGAAGUUAUGUUGCAUUUUAUUUUUAAAGUAUUAUUAUAGAAGUAUGAGUUUAAAAACUGUAGGGAAUUUAAAUAAUCAAAAAGUACAGUUAUGUCCCAAAAACGCUGUUAUAGUAUAGUAUUGAUUCAUACUAUUUAUAACCCAGAGAGCCUGAUGAGUACAAUUUAAAAUUAAAUAUAAGCAUAAAGAAAUUACAAAUUUCAAGCUAUGCAAAUAAGUUUCUAUACUAUGUUUCAUCAAGACAUAUUAGUUAUAGUUCAUGUAGUUAUUAUCAAUAAUACAUGUGUUAUUCAUAAUUUUUUCAUAAAAUUUCAUAUUCUGAUUCAUUACUAUGAUGAAAAUAAUGCUAUUUUAAUACAUA